CCGUCAUGCAGAAGACAUCGAACCCUCGAGCAGGACGUUCAGUCGCUCCCAGGUUUAUAUUUCACAUUAUUUUAAACUAGAACACGAAACACUGACGGAGAAUCUGAGCACGACUCAACGACACUGAGGCAGAACGGGUGACCACAACGCCAGAGAACCUGAGAGGAAACCAAGAGAGAAUCCACACGUCAGAGACGGCAAAAUUAAAGUAGCCACGUCGUUGAGAAGCUUUGAGUGAGAAGUUGUUCAGUGAGGAGCUGAGCAGGAGACCAGGACCCGGCAGACGACCACAGGUGGAACACGUUUUUUUCUGGUGCGUCACGUUCGAUGCCGCUCACUCUCCUCACGGUGGAAUGAGCUGGUGCACCAGGGUGACGUCGUGAGGAAGGAUCACCAUUGGUCGAGCAGCCAAGUUUUGGGAGAAGUGAGUGUCAUGGAGGAAGAGGAGGCUCCUGCUGCUCGGCUGUUGGACGGAGAAGAUGAAACCGUGACGACAGUGAGAGGAGAGAAAGAAAAGUCUUUCCAGGAGACGGUGAUGACCGUGGUCACGGGGAAGAGGGAGGAAGAGGAGGAGGCUGAAACUGACAGAAUAUCAGAGGAAGAGGAGGAGGAAAAUGAAGCAGAGGCGGAGGAAGGAGAGGAAGUGAAGGAAGAGGAGAGUAAAGGAGAAAAGCUUCUGGGGCCUUGGGAGUCAGAGGCCUGUGAUGUGAAGCCUCCGCUGCCGGACCCAGCUUUCAACAGAAGGUGCAGUUUCCUCUCCAGUGACGUGAAGUAUAAAGAAGACUUUGAGAAGAUGAAGGGUCAGAGUCUGUUUGUUCCUGAAGCUGAACUCAUCCACUCCAAGAACAUCAGCGCGGUGAUAUCUGAGUCGAAGUACAAGGAGGACGGGAGGAAGGAGGCGUCGGUGUCUCUGUACUCCGUCCUGCCGGAGACGCCGGAGACACAACACGCCAGAGAAGCGUCCGAGCUGCAGAGUGAGAUUAAAUACAAAGGCAACGUGAAGACAGAGAACUCCUCGUCUCUCUUUUCUCUUCUGCCUGAAACCACAGAGACUCAGUUUGUCAAGGAGCUGACGGAGAUGCUGAGCGAGAACAAGUACAAGGAGGAAGGAAAGAAGGAGAUGAGCAGCAGUUUGUACUCUCAGCUCCCUGAAACCGCCGAGAUGCAGCUGGCCAAGACCGUGCACGAGUUUCAGAGCGAGAAAAAAUACAAAGAAGACGGAAAGAGAAAAGCCUCCAUCUCUCUCUACUCUCAGCUUCCUGACACUCCGGAGAUUCAGCACGCACUGGAGGUGUCGCAGCUGCAGAGCGAGGUGAACUACCGCCCCAAGCUGCUGGUGAAAGGAGCUCCCUCGUCUCUUUACUCUCAGCUCCCCGACACCUCAGAGAUCCAGUUCGCCAGAGAGAUGACUGAGAUGCAGAGUGAGAGUAAAUACAAGGAGGGCGGCAGGAGGAGGCUCUCUCAGAGCUUCUACUCUCAGCUCCCAGAGACGACCGAGACUCAGUUUGCUAAAGCUGUGGCGGAGCUGCAGAGCGAGAUGCGAUACAAAGACGCAGGGAAGAAGGACGUGAACUCGUGUUUGUACUCUCUCCUCCCGGAGACGUUGGAGACGGCUCACGCCAAAGAAGUGUCCGAGCUCCUCAGUCAGGUGAAGUAUAAAGAGGAGGGUAAGAAGGAGAUGAGCGUGAACCUGUUCUCUCUGUUACCUGAGACCAUCGACACCCAACACGCUAGAGAGGCGUCUCAGCUGCAGAGCCAGGUGAAGUAUAAAGAAGGUCUGAAGCAGAAGAUCCAGAGCAGUUUGUACCAUCAGCUCCCGGAGACCCCGGAGACACAGCUGGCCAAACAGCUGUCAGAGCUGCAGAGUGAGACAAAGUAUAAAGAAGCUGGAAAGAAGGAGGUGACUUCCUGCCUGUACUCUCUCCUCCCUGAGACGCUGGAGACACAACACGCCAAAGAGACGACGGAGCUUCUCAGUGAGAUUAAGUACAAGGAGAGUGGGAAGAAGGAGAUGUCCAGCUCCCUCUAUUCCACGCUGCCCGAUACUUCAGAGACCAGCUUCGCCAGAGAGAUGACUGACAUGCAGAGCGAGAGUAAAUACAGAGAGGACGGGAUGAAGAGCAUGUCCCAGAGUAUCUACAGUCAGCUGCCACAGACCACAGACAUGCAGUUUGUUAAAACUGUGUCUGAGCUGCAGAGUGAGAUGAAGUACAGAAAAGGAAAGAAGGACGUGUCCAACUCGCUGUACUCCACUCUGCCCGAGACUCUGGAGACGCUGCACGCCAAAGAAGCGUCUGAGCUGCAGAGUGAGCUGAAGUACAAGGCGGCUCUGAAGAAAGGUCUGUCCUCCAGUCUGUUCCAUCACCUGCCUGAGACCAUGGAGACGGCCCACGCUAAAGAAGCCUCCGAGCUUCUCAGUGAGGUGAAGUAUAAAGAGGAGGGUAAGAAGGAGAUGAGCGUGAACCUGUUCUCUCUUCUGCCUGAGACCUUCGACACCCAACACGCUAAAGAGGCGUCUCAGCUGCAGAGCCAGGUGAAGUAUAAAGAAGGUCUGAAGCAGAAGACUGAGAGCAGUUUGUACCAUCGCCUCCCGGAGACCCCGGAGACUCAGCUGGCCAAACAGCUGACGGAGCUGCAGAGUGACACCAAGUACAAGGAGGCGGGUAAGAGAGAGGCAAACAGCAGCCUGUACUCUCUGCUGCCUCACACCAUGGAGACACAGCACGCUAAAGAAGCUGCAGAGCUGCUGAGUGAGAUCAAGUACAAGGAGAGUGGGAAGAAGGAGAUGUCCAGCUCGCUGUACUCCUCGCUGCCGGACACCUCAGAGACCAGCUUCGCCCGGGAGAUGACGGACAUGCAGAGCGAGAGCAAGUACAAGGAGGCCGGGAAGAGAAGCCUCUCUCAGAGUUUCUACUCACAGCUUCCAGAAACCGCCGACACUCUGUUUGCUAAGAGUGUCUCCGAGCAGCGGAGCGAGAUGAAGUACAAAGCAGCCGGACAGAGAGGAGGGACACGCUCUCUGUACUCGACUCUACCGGAGACUCUGGACACUCAACACGCCAGAGAGGCUUCCCGGCUGCAGAGUCAGCUGAAAUACAAGCAGAGUCUAAAGAGCGACACCACGAGUCUUUACCACCUGAUGCCAGAAACCAACGAGACUCAGUUUGCCAGGGAGCAGACGGAGAUGCUCAGUGAGGUCAAGUACAAAGACGAAAGUAAGAAGGAGCAGAGCGUCCACCUGUUCUCUCUGCUCCCCGACACAGUGGAGGCUCAGCACGCCAAAGAGCUGAAGGAUCUGCAGAGCGAGUCUAAAUACAAAGAGGCCAGUAAGAAGCAGGCGUCCACGCCUCUGUACCAUCAACUGCCAGAGACCCUGGAGACGCAGCACGCCAAAGAGGCGUCUCAGCUGCAGAGCCAGAUCUUGUAUAAAGAGGCUGUGAAGAGGGAGACGUCCUGUCCCGUGUUCCACCAGCUGCCCGAGACGCUGGAGACCCAGUUCGCCCGAGAGCUCACAGACAUGCAGAGCCAAAAUAGGUACCAGGAGGACGGGAGGAGGAGCCUGAGUCAGAGCUUCUACAGUCAGCUGCCUGAAACGCCUGAGACCCAGUUUGCUAAAUCUGUUUCUGAGCUGCAGAGCGAGAGGAAGUACCAUAAGUCGGGCCGGCAGGGAGCCGGCAGCUGUCUCUACUCCACGAUGGCUGAAACCCUGGACACUCAACACGCCAGGCAGGCAUCACACAUGCUGAGCCAGGUCCGGUACCAAGAGGACGUGAAGAAGGAUUCCUCGUCCUCGCUGUUUUCAAACCUUCCUCAAACUCUCCAGACCGAGUUGGCCAAGGAGGUGACGGAGCUCCAGAGCCAGGUGAAAUACAAAGAGGUCUGUAAGAAGGAGGCGUCCUCCCCCCUGUACCGCCUCCUACCAGAGACGCCAGACAUGCAGUUCGCCAAACAGAUGUCGGAGAUGCAGAGCGAGGUGCAAUACAAGAAGGACAAAGAGGAUCUGUCCAACACUCUGUUCUCACUGCUGCCUGAGACUCUGGAGACGCAGUUUGUCAAAGAGAUGAACGAGACGCACAGCGAGGUGAAGUACAAGCAGAGCGGGAAGCAGCAGACGGCUCUUUACUCCAAACUGCCUGAAACUCUGGAGACCAAACACGCUAAAGAGGCCACGGAGCUGCAGAGCCAGAAAAAGUACAAAGAUGACGGGAGGAAGGAGAUGAUGACGUCUCUUUACUCACAGCUUCCAGAAACCACAGAGACGCAGUUCGCCCGGGAGAUGACGGAGCUGCAGAGCGAGAACAAGUACAAAGAAAGUGGGAAGAAGAGUCAGACGCUCAGUGUUUACUCCCAGCUGCCAGACACCAACGAAAUCCAGUUUGCCAAAACUGUUUCUGAAAUACAGAGUGAGGCCAAAUACAAAGAAGCAGGGAAGAAGGAGGUGAGCAGCUCUCUGUACUCGAAGCUGCCGGAGACUCUGGACACGCUGCACUCCAAAGAGGUGUCCCAGCUGCAGAGUCAGGUGAAGUACAAACAGGACGGUAAGAUGGAGGCCAGAGACUCCCUGUACCACCGACUGCCUGAAACCACAGAGACACAGCUGGCGAAGCAUCUGGGGGACAUUUACAGCGAGGUGAAGUACAGAGACGAGGGGAAGAAGGACGCCGGGAGGAACCUGUACUCGCUCCUCCCCGAGACGGCCGAGACGCAGUUUGCCAAACACGUGUCUGAGAUCCAGAGUGAGGUCACGUACAAGAAGGACAAAGAGGAUCUGCCCAACACUCUGUUCUCUCUGCUGCCGGAAACUCUGCACACUCAGUUUGUCAAAGAGAUGAAUGAGACGCACAGCGAGGUCAAAUACAAGGAAGCAGCUAAGAAAGAAGCCGGCAGCGCUCUGUUCCACCGGCUGCCGGAGACUCUGGAGACGCUGCACGUGAGAGAGGUUACUGAGCUGCAGAGCCAGAACAAGUACAAGGAGAGUGGGAGGAGCUUGAUGUCGUCCAGCUUGUACGCUCAGCUGCCGCAGACGACCGAGACGCAGCUCGCCGCCAAGAUGUCCGACCUGCACAGCGAGAGUAAGUACAGAGAGGACGGGAUCAGGGGCCUGUCUCAGAGCUUCUACUCUCAGCUGCCAGAGACGUCCGAGACGCAGCUGGCCAGAAGCGUCUCUGAGCUGCAGAGCGAGACCAGGUACAAGGAGGCGAGCAGGAAGGAGGCGAGCAGCUGUCUGUACCAUCAGCUCCCUGAAACUCUGGAGACGCAGCAUGCCAAGGAGACGGCCGAGCUGCAGAGUCAGGUGAAGUACACAGAAGGGAAGAAAGAGCUGAGCACCAACCUGUACUCUCUGCUGCCGGAGACCGGGGAGAUGAAGUUAGCUCGAGCCGCCAUGGACCUGCAGAGCGAGAGUAAAUACAAGCAGAGAGGCCGACAGGAGGUCAGCACCACCGAGUUCCACCAGAUGACAGAAACCAACGAGAUGGAGUUUGCGAAGCAGAUGUCUGAACUCCAGAGUGAGACAAAGUACAAGAAGGACAAAGAGGAUCUGCCCAACGCUCUGUUCUCUCUGCUGCCGGACACGCUGCACACUCAGUUCGUCAGAGAGAUGAACGAGACGCACAGCGAGAGUAAAUACAAGGAGGCCGGUAAGAAGGAGCUGGGGAACAGUUUGUAUUCUCUGCUGCCGGAGACCAAAGACACUCGACAUGCCAAGGAGCAGACGCAGCUGCUCAGUGAGAAGGCGUACAGGCAGGAGGGGAAGAAGGACGCCGGCUGCAGUCUGUACGCACAGAUGCCCCAGACCAUCGAGACCGUGUUCGCCAAAGAGCUGAGCAGGACGCAGAGCGAUAAGUCUUACAAGGAGAAGUACAACCGUGAGAAGGGGAAGUCCAGCUACACCAACAUGAAGACGCUGCCCGAGGUGGAGCACGCCAUGGAGGUCAACAAGAACCAGAGCAACGUCAGCUACAGAAAAGACAGAGAGGAGCUUCAUCACUACAACUCAGCAGCAGACAGACCGGACAUCAUCAGCGCCACCAACGCUUCCAAACUGGCCAGCAACGUGGCCUAUAAGAGUAACACAAAGCAGCUGGUUUACAGCGACGUCUCUCUUUUGGCCAGAACGGACAUCCAGCACGCCAAGGAGGUUUCAAAACUGGCCAGUCAGGUGAAGUAUAAGGAGAACUUCCACAGACACUCAAAGGACCAGAAGCCUUGUUACAACCCACUAGAGUGUGUGUCCUUCAAACACACACAAGCUGCCUCUGCUCUGGCCAGUCAGGUGAAGUAUAAAACCAACCAGAACCAGAAGCCUGAGGGAUCCUCGGACCUGCCCAACCUCCUGCAGCUGGAGCACGUCCUGCACGCCAGCAAGCUGCAGAGCAACGUUGAGUAUAAGAAGGAUUACGAGCAAUCUAAGGCCCAGUACCACGUUGCUGUGGACACAGCUGAGCAGCUCCACCACAGGGAGAACGCAGUACUGCACAGUCAGGUGAGGUACAGAGAGGAGUAUGAGAAGAGCAAAGGUCGAUCUCAGAUGGAGUUUGGAGACACUCAGACGUACAAGGUGUCUAAAGAAGCUCAGAAGAUGCAGAGCGAGAGGGAGUAUCGGAGGGACUAUGAGGAGCAGAUGAAGGGGAAAGUGUUGAUGGACGUUGACCAAACACCUGGAUACCUGACAGCUCGUCAUGCCAGCAGUCUGCUGAGCCAGAAAGAGUACAGGAAAGACUUUGAACAGGAAGUGAAGGGGCGUGGCUUAUCUGGCCUCGGCCUGGAGGAGACGCCAGAGCUGCUGAGGGCUCGAAACGCCACUCAGAUACUGAACCAGAGGGUUUACAAGCAGACGGAGCAGCUCCAUGAAACCUCCUACGGGACAGUGACCGACACUCCUGAGCUGCUGCACGCCUCCUACCUCAAAGACGUCUACAGUCAGAAGAAGUAUAAGGACGAGGCUGAGCGGCUGAAGGGAAGUUACAGUCACUUGUGUGAAACUCCAGAGAUGAAGCGAGUCAAAGCCAACCAGCGACACAUCAGCUCACUGCGGUACAGCUGGGACUCCAGGCUCAUGAGAGGUCUGUCGUCCUCAGGCACUGACACGCCCGAGAUCGUCCUCGCCAGAGAGAACGCCAAGAAGAUCAGUGAUGUCCGCUACCGAGAGGAGGUGGGGAGUGGCACCGCCGUCAUGGACACGCCUGAGAUGGAGAGAGUGCGACGCAACCAGGAGAACAUCAGCUCAGUCAAGUACAAGCAGAGUGCGGUGAAGGCCACGAGUGUGAGAGUGACACCAGAGCUGGAGAGAGUCCGACAGAACCAGGAGAACCUCAGCUCGGCCAAGUACCACGAGGACUUUGAGCGAGCACGCGGCCGAGGCUGCGCUCAGGGAUUGGACGAGCCCAGCAUGGAGCGCUACCAGAGAGCCAAUCAGAUGAUGGGAGAGGCAGGUUACGGCAAAGGGAUCCGCCCCCAGGUGAUGGAGAUGGACAGACGACCAGGAGGCAUCAUCGUAGACCUGAAGGUGUGGAGGACAGACCCAGGCUCCAUAUUUGACUUUGACCCUCUGGAGGACAACGUCCAGUCCAAGAGCCUCCGCAGGAUGUCUGAGCGGGCAGGCCGCAGCCUGAGCCGGCAGCACUCGCAGCAGUCUCUCUCCCACAGCCAGGCUCAGUCUGUCAGCUCUCUGACCUCUGACCUCUGGGACGGCAGCAGCGCUGACACCCCCGCGCCCGUCCUUCCAGGAGCGUACCAUCAGGGCGUCCAGAUGCAGCAGCAGCAGCAGUAUCACGGCUACAUGCAUCAAACCAGCAUGUCCUCUGUCAGAUCCGUCACCUCCCCCCCGCACUCAGCCACCAUGCGUGUUUACCGGGCGCUGUACGACUACGCGGCUCAGGACCACGACGAGGUCUCGUUCAGGGACGGGGACGUCAUCGUCAACGCUCAGCCAAUCGACGAGGGCUGGAUGUACGGCACCGUGCAGAGAACCGGCCAGUCCGGCAUGCUGCCCGCCAACUACGUGGAGUGUUGCAACUGAAGGAGGGAGGAGGUGUGGAGAGAGAGAGAGGGGGAGAGGGGGGGGGGGAGAGAGAGUGAGGGAGGCGGGGGUGGAAUUUAAACGAAAAAGAAAAAUCCACCUUCAUUGGUUAAAACAAAUCAGAAGUCGCUCUUUUGGGUUUUAUUUCUUCUUCCAGAUGUUUUCAGCUGCAGACGUCUGACUUCACAGAUCUGAAACGUUAUCAAUGUCAAGUCCCAGUCACAAACUGGUUUUCUAGAGUCCUGAUCACUUGUUGCUGUAAAUCCCAUCAUUUAAAGUGGUGGCAAACACGACCUCACUCCAGAACAACAUCUGGAUUCACUGAACAUGACGGCUGCGUUCAGACAUGCACUGAACUCCGGAGGUUCUGCAGGACAUUCUCUGGAGGACAUCUGUAUGUGUGAACGCAAACGUCCCAGUGAGAUCCACAGGUCUGGAGGAGACGAUGAGAGGAAGUAGUCCCUAACAGAUGAGCUGUUUCCUCCUGUGAGCGGCUGUUCCAGGAAAGAGCUGAGCCCCAUUUCUGAAAUAUGAGAAUAUUUAUUUGUGUUAUUUGUUCUUAAAGAGUUUCGAGGCUUCAGCAGCAGAGGAGUGAGAAGAGAAAACAGUUUUUAUCUGAUGAUUGACAAAGAGAAAACUACAGGAUAUCACAAGACUUAGUGUGGAAACCAGGACGGGAAAGUGUCUCCGUCUGAUUUCUGUCUUUAAGAGAUGAGUUGGAGAGUGGGGGGGCAAGAGGAGUUAGAGAUAAUAACAGUUUAAAGAUGUCUCACGUUGAAUCAUUGAUGGAUCCUGAGUUUUAUUCAUGUUCAGGUGAGUGUAGUUUAGUUGUUGACCUCUGAUAUAAAAGUUCACGCGACGCAGCUUGGGUUGAAAUACAGGAACUAACACAUUGUGUCUUUUUGUGUCUCAGAUCAAAUACUUUGUGUUUUUAACGAUGAGUCACAGUUUUCAGGUCGUUGUCUCCUCCAGACAGAGACAGUUUCUGGAGUGUGGACAGACUGUGAGGACGUCCGGCCUCCAGGUUUCUGUACGAGUAGUAUUUUGAUACACGGCUCCCGUCUACGUUCUGGGCAGAAGUAUUUGACUCUUGUACUUGUAUGUGUCCAGUACAUCCAAGUGUUUUCUGGCUCUGUUGUCUUGCUGUGUGGAUUUGCAUCCCAGUCUCGUACUGAGUAAAACCUCCGUCAGCCGUGAGACGUCAUUUUAGCCGGAGAGUCUUUUGUCUUUUGUAUGUUUGAAUAUUUCAUAAAUACUAGAUGCAGUAGAAUAUCAUUUACUGAGUAUUCACAUGUUAACUGUGUUGGUUUUUGAUGACAUUUUAGAAAAACUUUUAUUUUCCUGCAUUAAGCUUCUUUUUCUUCUAAUGUCACCAGUGUUAAGUUUUUGAUUUAGUGUGUGUGUGAUGACGGAUUAUACUAAGUUUAUUUACAUUUUAUUUCAAAUGAUAUAUCGCUCAGUUAUGUUCUUUUCCAAACGAUUAUUGUUGUGUUACAUAUAUAAGAAAUAAAAACAACGAACAUGA